AUGGUGCUAACUUAUCUAAUAUAUUACACUUAUGUGCCAUUUCAUAACUUUUUCCCUCUUACAAGUAAAGUUGAUGUUCAAGUAGACCUUGAAGUUGAAUUGGAAGUGGAACAUGCAGUUAUGUUUGAAACUGAAAGUGAUGGUAAUUUUGAAAGUAAAAUUGAUGUGGAAGCUAACAUUGAAAUGGAAGCUACAAGUGAUGUGGUACCUAAAAUGGAGGUUAACAUUGAAUUUCCUGAAGUUGAUGUGGAGGCUAACAUUGAAGUUCAUGAAGUUGAUGUGGAAGCUAACAUUGAAGUACCUGAAGUGGAUGAUAACAUUGAAGUUCCUUUAGUUUAA